AUGUCUUCCAGCGGCGAAGAGAGUGACGGCGCCAGCGUCAUGGGUGGUCUCGGCGAAACGGUAGGCAAGACCUUCCAAGGGUCUACCCGGACAUUUGGUAAUGUUGUGAGUGGUCUGGGGGCUACGAUUAGUGGUGCUACCGAAGGAGUAGGCCAGACGGUGACUGGCGCUGCCGAAGGGCUUGGGACUACAGCCAGCGGUCUUGGGCAAACGGUCAAUAAGGGCAUUAUUGGUGACAAAGUCAGAAAGGAUGAAGACGAGGCGGACAAACCCAAAGUAGACUAA